CGUCCUGCCGCCGGAGACGCGGGAAUCACUGGGACCCGGGGCUGGGGGUCGGGUUGCAGGCCUGCGGCGUCUCGGUCGUUGUCUGAGCCCACUCUGUCGCCCGCUCUCCGAGGAGCCUUUCCCGCGAAGGCUGGGCGAUGCCGGGGAACCGUCAGCCGAGGGUCCGAUCCGGGAACGAGCCUCGCCCCGCACCCGCCAUGGAGCCGGCGAGUGGCGGGGCCUGGGCCCACAGCCGCGCCGCGCUCGACAGGCUGGAGAACCUGCUGCGCUGCUCGCGUUGCACUCAUAUUCUGAGGGAGCCUGUGUGUUUAGGAGGAUGCGAACACAUCUUCUGUAGUAACUGUGUGAGUGACUGCGUAGGAACUGAAUGUCCAGUGUGUUAUACCCCAGCCUGGAUACAAGAUGUGAAGAUAAAUAGACAACUAGACAACAUGAUCCAGCUCUGUAGUAACCUUCGAAAUUUGCUACAUGAGAAUGAGCUUUCAGAUUUAAAAGAAGAUACAUCUAAGAAAAGUUUAUUUAAUGAUGCCGAAAAUAAGAAGAAUUCAAUAAAAAUGUGGUUUAGUCCUCGAAGUAAGAAGGUCAGAUACAUUGUGAGUAAAGUUUCAGUGCAAACCCAGCCUCAAAUGAUAAACGAUGGAAACGCUCAGCAGGCCUCAGUGUAUGAAUACGCUUCUUCUGCAAGUCCCCCAGUGGAGGAUUCUGCGAGGGCUAAAAAGGCUUCUGCAAGAUCUGGGAGAAAAAAAAAGAAAAAGAAAACGUUAGCUGAAGUGAACCGAGAAUGGAAUUUAGAGGCAGACAAAAAAGAUGGUAAACUUGACUCCAAAGAAUGUAAGAAAAAGCUGGUAUCUUUCUUUAGCCAAUCAUCUGAUGUUGCUAGUCCCCAGCUAAAUGGUGAAGUAGACAUACUAGCGAGCGGCUCUGUAGAAGAAUUGGAAUGUUUUGGAAGCUUAACCGAAGCCUCUUUACCAUUGGCUGAGCAAAUAGAGUCUCCAGAAAUUGAGAGCAGGAAUAAAGUAGUGGCUCCUGAAAAGAAUCGCCAUGAAAAUGGUCUUACACCUAAGAAAUCUGUGCCCGAAGGUGCUAACGGAAAACGUGGGCGAGGCAGGAGACUUUUCAGUCCCACGUCCAAGAGAUGUAGAAGCAGCAGCCCCAGCCCCAGCCCCAGCCCCAGCCCCAGCGGCAAUUGGGUUAAGCAAACAGUGCUCUCAGAAAACACGCCAUUGCCUGGCUGUUCUUCACCACCAUCAAGCAAACCUAGAGCUGGUAGCGCAUUAAGGAGGAAAAACAGUGAUGUGUCAGAUGAAUGCUUUAGCCCGUCACCAGGUGCACCUCCUCCUACACUGAGGAGCCCAAGCUACAGACGGAUGAUGCCCAGCUCCUCAGCAGUAACGCUCUCGCCCGGGAGCCUCACGGCCGUGAAAAGGAAUCACAGAGGAGAGACUUUGCUGCACGUCGCUUCAAUUAAGGGUGACAUACCUUCUGUGGAAUACCUCUUACAAAAUGGAAGUGACCCAAAUGUUAAAGACCAUGCCGGAUGGACACCAUUGCAUGAAGCCUGCAGUCAUGGGCACCUGAAGGUGGUGGAGUUGCUGCUGCAGCACAAGGCGUUGGUGAACACCACUGGGUAUCAGAACGACUCGCCGCUCCACGAUGCCGUCAGGAACGGGCACGCGGACAUCGUCAAGCUGCUGCUUUCCCACGGCGCUGCCAGGAACGCCAUUUUUAUCUUUAGUUUUUUACCCUUGGAUUUUGAAGACUCAGGAACUAUCUCUUCAGUACUUACACUUCCAGAAAAACUCUCUCUCUCUCUCCUUUCUCACUGACAGGUGAGCACUUGUCGGCGGAGGGGACAGCCUCUUGUACUUAUAGGCAGCGGGCUUUCUUCAGAGCAGCAGAGAGAGCUCGGUGAGCUUGCGGCAAUUCUCAAGGCUAAAAAAUGUGCUGAGUUCGACAGCACGGUGUUACAUGUUAUAGUAAAUGGACUUAGCAUGAAGAUUUUGAUACUCUGCCUUUUGAGUGAUGGAGUAUUGAGUUGUUAAAACCUUCUCACUUUUAUGUGGGUGAAAGCGUGUCUACAAAGCAAAGAAUGUGAGCAGGAAGAAAAGUAUGAAAUUCCUGAAGGACCACAGAGAAGCAGGCUCAACAGAGAACAGCUGUUGCCAAAGCUGUUUGAUGGAUGCUACUUCUUUUUUGGGGGAACCUUCAGACAUCAUCCGAAGGACAACCUGAUGAGGCUUGCCACGGCAGCGGGGGGCCAGAUCCUCAGCAGAAAGCCCAAACCAGACAGCGACGUGACUCAGACCAUCAACACAGUGGCGUACCAUGCCAAACCAGACUCUGAUCAGCGCUUCUGCACACAGUAUAUCAUCUAUGAGGAUUUGCCCAGCCGUCGCCCAGAGAGGGUGCGGCGCGGCAAAGUCUGGAUGGCUCCUUCCAGCUGGCUCAUACAGUGUGUCAUGUCCUUUGAGUUGCUCCCUCUUGAUGACUGAACACCACACCAGAUGAACCUUUCACCUUGAACUUAGUGAGAGAACCCAGCCAUUACGCUCUGUUGAUCAUUCCCAUUUUUACAAAUAAGUACUCAUUCGUAUAUAUUUUUUUUCCUUGAAUUAAAAAAAUACCUAAUGCCAGAUUAGAAAUUUAGUCUGUGUUUACCAGUUAGAUCCUGAGAUUGCUUUGAAGGAUUUUCUUUUUAAAACUGUCAUAUGCUUUGAUUCAUCAUGUUUUUCUACUCAAAAUUAUCAGCUAUCAACAAUUAAUAAGGUAUUAGAACUAUUGGUUAUUAUACAAGUGGUAUCAUUACUGCCUCAGCCUUUUAAUGUUCUUUGAUGAAAAAUGCACUCUGCCACCAGCAAAAAUACUUUGCCAUCCUUUAGUAAACAAAGGAUAUAGGCAAAUAAUGUAUUCUGGCUUUAUUGUAAUGAAAAUAGUACCUGGUCUACAUGUGUCACCACGCGUGUUAAAUUCUGCCAUCUACAGUUGUCUUCAUCUUAACACUGUUUUUUUAGUUUUUUAUAAUUUACUUGGCUAUCUGUACCUACAUUUUUAUCCCUUAUUUUUAUCUUGUCUACUCAUCAGGGAAUCAUGAUUUGAACCUUAACAUGAUUGUAGUGAAAAUCACCAUUGGGUUCAUGGCACAUAUUUUUAUUGUAUACACUUGCUUCUUGUUGAUGAUCAAUGUGCUACUGUAUUUCUCUACAAUAUAUGUAUGUACACUUCGAGCAUUUUCUCUAACAAAUUUUAGUAUCAGUAUUUUUUAGAAGGGCUCACCAGAUUAGCAAGUUGUCAAAUGUUAACAUAUUAAAUUAGGAAGCAGGUUUUUUCUGAUAGACUUUGCUACACAUUGCUAAAAUACUAUUUUUAAAGGUCUUAAUUUCUUCAUAAAGUGUUUUUUUAGAUUGCUGUGGCAGAAGACGUUGGAGGCUGCUUGCUUUAGAACAGGUUUUUGUCCAGAUGAUACAAAAGGCCUUAGCAAUGAGUAGAGGUGGAAGUGGGCAGGACUACUCAUAACUCCACGGCGUCCCGGCUGCAGAGUCUGGACAGGAGACCACCUGGGAACGGGAGGACCCCGCCGUUACUCGCGUCGGAGUGUUCUCGUUGGUGAUAGGCGAGGUGGAGUAGAUCGUUUGAAAGCAUAGUUUAGGAAGAUGAAUCCUUUAAUAGUCUCCCUAGAAAUUGAAUGUUCUUCUAACAUUAAAGUCAUGGGAAGGAAGACACUGGGAGACCUGCCAGUUUGGAUCCUCAUGGGCCAAAGAGAGCAGUUUGAUACCCACUGGAUGAGAGAAUUCUGAGAAGAGUCUGAAAUUUGAGAUUCUGCUGAUUAUUUCAAAAUAAAUUUUACUUUAAUUUCUUCUUUGACAUGUUACUUUUCCAUAUCAGGAAAUAUAUUAUGUGAACACAGUGAUGUACUGCUGACCCUGACCUUGGAGGGUGAACUAGCUCUGAAACACUCUUGCCUACAAGUCAUGUGUUUGUCCCAGGCUUUGUUCUCAUGGACAGUGAUGGGCACCGUGGCACCAAGCAAAUCUGAGGCGUUAGAUAAUGUCUGGAUGAAAGCAUUGAAGAUGUUUUGGGAGUUGGGUCGUCAUUUUUGAUUAAUAACUGACUUUUUAUCACUUCCUAUUAGCUCACUGGUCACAUCUCUAGACAAGUUUGUGUCUGCUCCUCUGUUCUGAUCCCUGUUUAUAAAAACACCUUGGAGACUGUUGCUCACUUCCCUUUAUUCCUUCACUUAGUCUGUCCCCCUCCUUCUUUGUCAUAUUUCGUCCCCCACUGGGAAGCAGUUUUAUCUUUUGGUUUCUUUAAAUAUUUAUUUUGACAGCAGUUGAUGGAUGUUAAGCUCUUGAAACGUGUAUUUUCUGCAUAGAUAUACUUGUAAUUAUUUUCAUUUUUCAAUCGUAGAUUCAAGCUUCCUUUUUACUUACCAUAAAUCAUUAAAGUUAUUUGUGUUUCCAUAUCUAUCUUCUAUAGAAGUGGCUUAUUCUGUGUUCCUGAAGAAUUCUCAUUCAUGACUUGUGAGGAAAGCUUUCAGCUAACAAAAGCUUAUCUUUUUGAACAUUAAUGCUUUUUAAUGUUGGAUAGAAAUAUUUCUAAAGUGUAUUAGAUACUUUAUUACCUCAAAUAAAUUUUUUGGAAUACAA